AUUUUUUCAAAUGUUGUGCAACGAUUUCACCAAAAAUUUAGCUACGGAUAGUCUUCUAGAGUCUAGUAGAAUACAUUUCAACAGAUGUCUUGCGUGGCCAUGUUAUCUUUACUCGGACCGCAAAUUGUCAUAGAAUGAUGGAAUUACGACGAUUUUCCAGCACAUUUUGUUCAUUUUACAUUCACCUCAAACCUAUUAUCGGACUUGGUCGAACUUCUGGUCACAACGUUCCGGCUCUUAGGGAAUAUGGUUAUGAGGGGCUUUCGACUUUGACGUUUUAAAUGUCAAUUACUCCUACCAACACCAAAAUACCAACCUAACAGCAUCAAUUGUUUUCGAGUAAUUCUGACGUUAUUAUCCGGCAUUAUCAGCAUACAUACCCCAUUUUUUUCAAUAAAAAGUCACAUUAUUUGAUUAGUAUAUUUUUUGGAGGCAGUAUUUAGUUUCGUAGGCACACUGGCUUCCUGCGGAAACAGCUACGCCGGAAUGGACGUUGAACCAAUAUCCUGUUCGUCCUCGGGGAUCUCCACAGCAGUGGUUCUGCAAGCAAUGCCGAAAAUCGACGAAGAUCACAUGUUAAGCAACAAACCACCUAAAGAAAGGGUAGUGGAAAUGUUGGACAUGCUAGAAACUCAUGUUGAAAAGCUGCGAAGAGGAGCCAGUCAAUUAGAGGAGGACAAGGAUGCAUUGUUGUCUACCUUGGAUUCUGUUGUGAAUGCGGAUUUGAUGUAUAAUUUGGAUGAAAGUGAGUCCGCUCUAGUUGAAAGAGAUGACGUUACUCGAUAUGCAGACAGGAUCAUCAGUCGGUGUAUGACGGUCGAGGUUCGGGUGAUGACCCAAAGGGACAAGAUGCAGGAAGAAGCCUUGUUCCAAGUCAACCACCUUAUAGAUAGCCUUGUCAUAACUUUAAGAAGCGAUCCGGAAACCGCUAAACAGCGGUGUGUUAGUUACAUGAAUGCCUGUUCUUCACAAAUCGUGGAAGGUAUAACUGACAAGAAUUUCGAAUCAGCAUUACUGGGCUGUACCAUGGAUGACCAGAAAAAAGUGAAACGGCGGCUGCAGGGGCUGCUAAACUAUUUUGAAAAAAUGAAAGUGGUCCACCUACCUUCCGACCUACCUUAAGGAUAUUAAAAAAAUAUGUGUAUCACUGUGUUUUGCUGUGAGGUUAGGUAUAAUAAUAAGUAGUUUACAUUUCCAGUAUAAAAAGUUUGCUGAUGACUACUGCCACAUACUCUUUUUGGAAAACUUUAUAGUCAGUGGUUCUUUGAUACUGUUACGGCAAUUGUACACGAGUCGAUAAACUGUUUAUUUGUGACUCCAGACUCCAUAUAUCUUGAAAUUAGGGAUGUCAGACAGUUAUGAUAACAUGUAAAUUAUAUUAUUCUUAAAAUUUUCUUUUUCACUUGAUAUUUCUGAAUGGUUUCUACAACCCUGUUUGUCUUUAGCAGAUCAAAUUUAUCUGUUAGUAGAUAACAAGAAUUGUUCACGAUUAAAACAGUUCCUCGUGUACUUUUGCUGUUAUCCAUACUUUGUUCUCCUCUUUGCAGUAUCAGUCAAUUGUGAUUUUGUAUGUAGAAAAUUUAUUUAAUCCAAAUUCGAAAUUAGUUUCGAAUAUGUCAUCAAGACGUUAUGAGGGUAUAUCUGGGUAGUUAUUUUUGUCUGGUAUAGUUCAUUACUUUGCUACAUUAGUAAAGAUUUAUACGUCUUUAUUUUACUUUCAAUAAACGUUUUUACAUUAUAUUUGUUUUGCAUCACAUUAACAAGUAGGUAUGUACUGUUUGGAAAAUAAAUUGCCAGAUUCAUCUUCGGAUAUUGAUUAUUGGACAAAACUUUUUUCUUUUGUUUUCGGCUCAUUUCGACCAUAGUCGUCAAGGUCUUGGUUGAGUUAAAGAAACACUUUGGAUGCACUCAACUGAAAGAUAACUUGUGGUGCGUGAUACACUACAGAAAAAUAAAUACAUUUCCAAAAUACUCGCAAUCUGUCUUAGCUUUGCAAGUAUAGCGGGUAUUUUUUUAUUUUUGUACAUAGUAUUAUCCAAUUAUGCUAUCAUGAUUCAGAACCUUGCUCUAGUAUAUGGAAUAUACCCCUUGUGCAACUUUGUUUCAUGUAUAAUCGAGAAAAUGUUGAAUAUACUCCUUGACAUCUGAGCACAAUUUACAUUCUUGUUUAUAAGCAUAGAUGAUUUUUUGUCUAGAAACAUUGCUUGCACUUUAAAACCUAUUUUUAAGCCAUUCUACGAUAUUUGUAAGAUUAUCUAGAUUUACACAUGUCAUAUUUGAGCCAAAGGUUCAUUAUACCUUUGAUGGAUCAAGAAAUUUGGUUUUGAGGAUCUAAUCAUACGAUCUUGGUGUUUUCAAAUGUGUGUCGAUUAUUUGAGAAGGUUAGUUUUUGGACUGAGAAUUUGCACACAUGAAUUCGAUAAUGCGGAGUUAGUACAGCCUCUCAGGGUCAUCAUCAAAUUCAUCAUUAUCGUCAUCACCAAUUUUAUCGCGAUGUUUCACGAACCACGGUUUCUAAUUGUUUAAACAGGACUAAAUAUAAAAUGGAUUUAUCAAAAGUCAUCAAUACUAUUUGUUACAAUUAGGGUUAUAUUUACAAAGCGUCCAAAAAGAUGCAAUGAACGACGUUUCACUGAUUCGGCUCAAAUGAUGUACAUGCUAAAUCGACAACUUGUCAGAUAGCAUCUUAUAAAUUUGUGCAAGUUGUAUCGAAUUUUAAUAAAACAUGCAUACUUAACCUAUUCAAAAUCAAAGAUAAUAUUUAUAUGUAUGGAUGCAAGAAACCUGUGGCAUUUACCUUGAAAUAACCCAUUAGUAUUUAAAAUUGUGCCUACCUUUGGUGCAUCUGGUUAAGAUAUAAAUAUGGGUUUUGAACAAAAAUCAACGAAACUACCUAUUAAAAAUGUAAACCGAUAUGGAAACGGACUCGCUCACCUUUUUCAUCUACAUGCCGGAAAAUCAAGUACGUCGGUGGAAAGCACACAACCUGUUAUAAUUUUAUUUGAUAAUAAUUGCUGUUCCAGGAUACAGUCAUCACAAACCUGUUUAUAAAUUCACAGCUAGGUAUAGAUUUACUAAAAGACAUUUUUGUAAUUCCAUUAAAGUUCUAGCUUUAUUGUAUAUACAUUAUAUUAUAUUAUGGUGUAUUUAUAAUAUGAAUAUUGAAAUACAUAUACCUGUUUCAAUUUAA